ACAGCCAAUCGCGUGAAAGGGGCGGAACAUAUUGUACUCUGAAGCCUGUGAGUUCUAUUGUUCAAGGAAGGACUGAGGAGUUCAUUGAGGCCGGUGCUGUUCUUGUGCCUGGGGACAGAUAAUCUACAGAAACCAUGACUGAGGAGGCAUUUCAGAAGGCAGCAGAGGAGGUGAAGCAUCUAAAGGCAAAACCAGUUGAUGCCGAGAUGCUGGAGAUCUACAGUCUGUUCAAACAGGCCACAGUAGGAGACGUCAACACCGCCCGGCCCGGCAUGUUGGACUUUGCAGGGAAAGCCAAGUGGGAUGCCUGGGAUUCAAAAAAAGGUAUGAGUAAGGAGGACGCAAUGAAGGCUUAUAUCAGCAAAGUGGAAGAGCUGAAAGGAAAAUAUGGAAUUUAAAGUGUAACUGUUAUUUCGCCACCGUUACCUACUGGCAAGUCUGUCAAAACUGAUGGCCCUGUGUAACAGCCUUAAUCAUUUUGGUGCGUCUUUUGUUUGUGCACCGUGCAUUUCCUACACAUGAAGACCUUUUGUUAGAACAAAAGAAUAUAGCACAAAGCCCUGUCUGGAUUACACAUGCAUUUUAAUGGCAGCUGUGUGAAAAAGUUCACUCCAGACUUUUUAACCUGUUUCUAUGCCAUAAAGUAUGUUAAUUUUCA